AUGCCCUCUUUCGCUCGCAGCUUGCUCUUUGCCCUCUACGCGACUGCCCUGCUCGCCCUUACGGGUUUCUCGCCAGCCAGCACUGCUCUCGCGUCACCUCUUCGCGGCUCAACGACAGUCACCAACUCGUCCAACUCUAAUCUCGCUGUUCGUGUCGCGACCAAGCCCAAGAAUGCUCAGCUCGCCGCCUCGUCAUCAUCACCCAAGUCCAACGAAGUAGAACAACGCAUCCGUGGUUAUGCAGAUACGGCGAAGCAACACGCUACUACCUUGAAGCAACUCGCCAAGCAAUCCAAGACCCACGCUCGUCGAGCUGCCGAUCUCGCCUUCCAGCAACAAUGUGUAGAGUCUGCGACUGGCUUCCGCGACAACUAUUCUGAGUUUAAAGAAUACGUAUCUGGGAUGCGCGGUGCUGGUAAUCAGUGCUAUGACGAAACGAACGGACUUGAACAAGCACUUCACGACAUUGUCAACGCGAACAAGGACGCCUUGAGGAGUAUCUAUGUCAUGGUCGACAACAUUCCUGGCCUGGGACCUGUCUUGGGACCGAUCGUCUACGAGAUCAAGUGCAUCAUCGACGACAUUCUAAACCUGACCCGAGUAACAGUCGACUGCCUUGUCAACUACGUUGUCGACCUCCUUGAUCAGCUGGGCCUCGGUGGUGUUCUGGAGUCACUGUGCAACUUGAGUGUGUCUCUGCUUGGUGCGGCAUUGGGCAAACUUCUCUGUCUGUAA